GUGCAGCCAGUUAGCUUGAAGCUAUUUUCAGUCUUUACAGUAAAGUGGGUCGAUCCCGUAAACCCGUUUGACUGGAGGAGCCCGUUCCAGCUCCGUUAGGAGCAGAAACCUUAGGCACUCCCGUCCCUGAGGGCUGCUCCCGCGUGAGCCCACUACCAGCGUCUCCGCGCGACGCGAUGCUCUUCAUUAGAUCCAGUCCCAUCAGGCACUGCGGGCUGCUGCUACACAGACUUCUCCACGGUUCUUCUAUCUCCAGAAUGCCGAUUCAGGUUGGUGAACAGCUUCCAGCUGUGGCAGUUGAUGAGGGGGAGCCAGGAAAAAAGGUGUCCAUGGAUCAGCUCUUUAAGGGGAAAAAGGGAGUCCUCUUUGCUGUUCCUGGAGCUUUCACUCCGGGCUGCUCUAAGACUCACCUCCCAGGUUUUGUGCAGGAAGCUCAGAGCUUAAAAAGUAAAGGCAUACAUGAAGUGGCGUGCAUCUCAGUCAACGAUGCAUUCGUCAUGGCUGCAUGGGGGAAGGAGCACGGAGCAGAGGGCAAAGUCCGAAUGUUGGCUGAUCCGACUGGAGCAUUUACAAAAGCUGUUGACCUGUUACUAGACAGUGACCAGAUAGUGCAGGUGCUGGGAAACAAACGUUCAAAGAGGUAUGUGAUGUUGGUGGAGGACGGAGUGGUGAAGAAGAUCAACGUGGAGCCGGAUGGCACCGGGCUGACCUGCAGUCUGGCCUCUAACAUCAUGUCGGAGCUGUAGCUCCAAAUGAGCGCACUGAAGCAAACCGUUAACCAACAGCUACUGUAAAAGUUGCACAAGGAGCAUGGCGCUGACUUGCUCAGACUUCUCUCUUUUCCCAAAGUUUAAUGCAAUUGUAAUGUGAUCGCUUGCGACAGAGCCGGAACGCAAGUCAUACGCACAAUUAUGACACAGGGAGCUUUUUCUAGACUGUUCUUUUGUUUAAUCCUAGCAAAUAAAAUUCUCUCUAAAAGCAAUAA